AUGUCGAUGUUGUUGUCAUCCUCGGUCUGCCAGGGGCUCCACCCUUUGAAACUUAAGCGGCCACCAAUCCACAGACGGGUUCUGCGAUCCUGCACCCGUCUAGAUCAAGUAACAUCUAAGAAAGCCAAUAAGGAGAUGCAUAGUGCCGGCGGCGGCGGCGGUGGUGAAGGUGAUUGGAGUUCCAUCUACUCUUUGUCCAGUCCGUCCAAAAGCCCUGUCAAGGCCGUGGACGUGUCAUGGUCCGUCACCAAACCUUCUCCACUUCCAGCAGCCAAGCGAGCGAUCCAAGGGAAAAAGAACUUGGCAAUGUGCACGGAGACCUUAGGCUGCGAGACUGGAGCAGUCUACCCUGUUGGUGAGUUUGAUGCUGAUACUGAGAACGGCCAUACUGGAUGUUCGAAAGAAGAUAUGGUGGCGAUGAGGAGAAAGAGAGGGAGCAAGAGGGCUGGGUUUCCUCCGCCGCUGACCACGUUGUCAGGGAAGUCCAGCCGUCGUAUUUUGAGCAAGAGGGAGGAUGGCAGGCUGCGGCUGCUGCUUGUCGAGCCAUCGGUCAUAGAAGCCGAGAGGACCGACGGUCGACUUCGCCUUCGUUUGUACUCCGGCAAGCGUUUCCACUCCAAUGACGAAGAAGUAGAACAUUUGGAGAAUGAGGAGGUGAAAGAAGAAGAGGAAGAAGAGGAGGAGGGGGGUUACUUGGGUGUUGUUGGUAUGGAGAUGAAUGAGAUGAGCUACGGUAGUAUCAACGGUGGGGAGGAGAUGGAGAUUGGGAGGCUCAGAAGGCCUGGUGGGUGUAAGGAGGAAGAGGGUGGUGGGCACGGGGGGAGGGCGAGUCACAGCAAGGUGAUGCUCAACUGGGAGGCAGAGGCUUUUUGGGUUGCCAGCUCCUGA